AUGCGUCUGCUCUUUUCGCCAAUAGAACUCUGUCCAGCACUUCAGGCCUUGGCGACACCGGCGCUGUACAGCGCUGCAACUCGCUGCGCUCAGGGGUGUGAAAACGCCGCCCCCCCCCCCAAGCGCAGCGAGUGCAGCGCUGUAAAGCGCCCGUGUAAUCAGUGCCUGCAGCGCUGCACGCUCACUCACAGCGCUGCACGCUACUCCCCUCGGAGAGGUGGAGGACAUACAGCACUGAGAGAGCUCUCGCAGCACUGCAAGCUAUUCCCCUCGGAGAGGUGGAGGACAUACAGCACUGAGAGAGCUCCCUCGCAGCACUGCAAGCUAUUCCCCUCGGAGAGGUGGAGUACAUACAGCACUGAGAGAGCUCUCGCAGCACUGCAAGCUAUUCCCCUCGGAGAGGUGGAGCACAUACAGCGCUGCGAGCUAUUCCCCUCGGAGAGGUGGAGGACAUACAGCACUGAGAGAGCUCUCUCGCAGCACUGCGAGCUAUUCCCCUCGGAGAGGUGGAGGACAUACAGCACUGAGAGAGCUCUCUCGCAGCACUGCGAGCUAUUCCCCUCGGAGAGGUGGAGGACAUACAGCACUGAGAGAGCUCUCGCAGCACUGCAAGCUAUUCCCCUCGGAGAGGUGGAGCACAUACAGCGCUGCGAGCUAUUCCCCUCGGAGAGGUGGAGCACAUACAGCACUGCAAGCUAUUCCCCUCGGAGAGGUGGAGUACAUACAGCACUGAGAGAGCUCUCUCGCAGCACUGCGAGCUAUUCCCCUCGGAGAGGUGGAGGACAUACAGCACUGAGAGAGCUCCCUCGCAGCGCUGCAAGCUAUUCCCCUCGGAGAGGUGGAGGACAUACAGCACUGAGAGAGCUCUCGCAGCACUGCAAGCUAUUCCCCUCGGAGAGGUGGAGGACAUACAGCACUGAGAGAGCUCUCGCAGCACUGCACGCUACUCCCCUCGGAGAGGUGGAGUACAUACAGCGCUGCGAGCUAUUCCCCUCGGAGAGGUGGAGUACAUACAGCACUGAGAGAGCUCUCGCAGCACUGCAAGCUAUUCCCCUCGGAGAGGUGGAGCACAUACAGCGCUGCGAGCUAUUCCCCUCGGAGAGGUGGAGGACAUACAGCACUGAGAGAGCUCUCUCGCAGCACUGCGAGCUAUUCCCCUCGGAGAGGUGGAGGACAUACAGCACUGAGAGAGCUCUCGCAGCACUGCAAGCUAUUCCCCUCGGAGAGGUGGAGUACAUACAGCACUGAGAGAGCUCCCUCGCAGCACUGCAAGCUAUUCCCCUCGGAGAGGUGGAGCACAUACAGCGCUGCGAGCUAUUCCCCUCGGAGAGGUGGAGCACAUACAGCACUGCAAGCUAUUCCCCUCGGAGAGGUGGAGUACAUACAGCACUGAGAGAGCUCUCUCGCAGCACUGCAAGCUAUUCCCCUCGGAGAGGUGGAGUACAUACAGCACUGAGAGAGCUCUCGCAGCACUGCAAGCUAUUCCCCUCGGAGAGGUGGAGGACAUACAGCGCUGCG